AUGCCGGAACUCAAGUUGUACAACGGCUACCCUCUUUGGGAGUAUGUCCCGUCUUUACCGGCGGGCAUCGUCUUCAGUGUAAUAUUUGGGCUGGCCACAGCUGCUCACGCCUUCAAGCUCAUCCGUAAUCGCACAUGGUUCUGCAUUCCUUUCGUCACAGGCGGAAUUUGUAAAUUUGUUCAGUCACCCCAGCCGCAUGUCAUCGGUGGCUUACACGAAAAAGUUGAGGUCAUAGGAUAUGCUGCGCGAGCUGCCGCACACUACAAUACCGGCAUCCUCAUUCCAUAUGUGCUACAAUCGAUUCUCCUCCUGAUCGCGCCAAUCCUCUUCGCCGCAUCGCUGUACAUGACCCUCAGUCGAAUCAUCCGCGCCGUCGACGGAAAAUCCUGUUCCAUCGUACCUCCUAGAUGGCUCACGCGGAUCUUCGUUUUUGGUGACAUCUUCAGCUUCGUCAUCCAGUCAAGCGGUGCGGGCCUCCGUGUCCAGGCAGGCAGCGGCAAAAGCAACAUUGAUCCUAAGAUGGGCUCCAAGAUCAUUGUUGGCGGUCUAGUCUUCCAAAUCAUUAUCUUUGCCUUCUACAUUGCGACUGCCGUGUCGUUCCAUGUAAAAUUCGGACGGCUGGCGGUCUCAGAUGGCAUGCAGGUGCCCUGGAAGCAGAGUUUAUACAUGCUUUACACCACAUCCGCAUUGAUCAUGGCCCGAAACAUUUAUCGCGUUGUCGAGUAUGCCAUGGGUAACGAUGGUUAUCUGCUCAACCACGAGUGGCCCGUGUACGUUUUUGAUGCCGGUCUCAUGACGCUUACUAUGGCUGCUUUCUUCUGGCGGUACCCUAGCAGCGCCAAAUUGAGCAACGAGAGCGGUGCAAGCGCUAUUGAGUCCGCCGCCGAGAAAUAA